AUGAUGAGUUCAAAUUUAUUUCGUACCCCUUACUAUUACAUCGACAACAGGCCCCGUCAAAUGAUGAGCAUGCCUUUAAGGGCCGGUAUUCCAGAGAUCUACAUCAUCAGUUCCGGUGCAAUUACGGAGUCGCUGUUGACCGAUUUGUGCGCCAAAGCACCCUUCUUGCAGUGUGUCCUCAAACCGGAGUACACCUCCUAUUUGAACACAGCGUGCACCGUCAUCCUUGGCUGGAUGGUUGUUGGCUGGAUAUCACAGUUGAUCUGGUCGCUAAUUGCUCCCCUGACGGUCAGUGCCUUGGCAGUGGUGAUGGUUUGUCCUACGACAGCAAAGUGGCUGCUGCGACAGGUGGCUCCUAAUCAGGAACUUACUGUGCUAAAGUUCAUAGAAAGUUUUCAGUCUGUUCUACCGUAACUGUGACCUAAUUUUCUUUCUUCGUCUUUCCCUCCCAUUCAUUGAUUUUCCUCUUCAUCAUCGAGUCCAAACAAAAAAAAAAAAAAAAACUGUAAAGAAUCAAACGAAUCAAACUAGAUAUGUAAGAAAAUGGUGGUGUGAAUUCAAAAUAAAUAUAUAUUUUAAAAACUCGACUUACUCACGGUCCUUUACGUUCCAUAAGUGGUUGUAAUAAAUCAGAGACUCCAUGGAAGUUUUCCCGACCCCUCUUUCCUUAUAUUCUUCACGCUCGUCCUUUUUAGUUUAUUUUAUAAUAUACUUUUUUUAUUGUACUUUUCUUCUCUCAAUUCAGCGCGUCGCAAUCCUCGGGGAAUACUCGAAGGGACCCCUCUGGGGAACCUUUAAACUUUUAUCAGAAAUACUUAUCGGGAAUAUCACGUCGAGUUUCGCGCGUUCAUUCGGUUAAUAUGUUAACUUUUAUUUUUCUUUUCUUAUUUUCCGAUAAUUUUUUUCUUCACAUCUCUUGAACCGAUCGGAUGUAGCGAGCGUAUUGGCCCUCUUUUUUGCGUCACGUGCGGCUCGACAAAAUAUUUGUGUUGGAGAAGCAUUUUCUAUCCUUUUUUUUUUUUUUCAUUAAUUUUUCUUCUUUCUCGUACGAAAUAAAUCAGAAACCCGAAUUUCAAAGAAAUUCUCUCCGGGUACGGUCGUCCAUUCGUCUCUCUGAUCUCGAAUCUGAACGCCGGAAAAUCCACUAAAUCCUUAUCAGUAAUGCUCAUCGGAGGUUUAUAUGGGGGAAUCAGUUCAGAAUCCUAGUUCGCGUAACAUUUUUUACAACCACCAAGUUGAAGGGGGUUUAAGCGUAAGCGUCGGGAUUUGUAAUUUGUGAAAAAAAAUUCGUCACUGUAA